UUAAAUAAUUCAUGCAGUAGAAGGUAUCAUCGUAGCCAACCGAACACGAUAAAUAAUGCAGUAAGAUAUAACUGUAUAUCUAUAACGCAUGAAUAUUUUUAUAGGUAUUUAUAUAUAUAGAGAAAGUGCGAUAGCUUUAACGGAAUAACCGCCCGUGCCUCCUUCGGGGGGACGGGAACGCGGAGCCAGAGGCUGCUUCCCGGUGCCUCCCUUCCCUGCCGGGCCCGCGGGGUGCGCCGGGCUCGGGGGCUCUGUGGCCGCUGCCUUUGGCCACUUGUUGCCCCGCAGGGGCCGAGCCGGGGCCGGCGGCAGCGGCGGGCGGGCCGCGGGCACUGCCGCGGCCUCCGGCUUCCCCGGGCCGGCAACGCGCUGCUCUCCUCGCCCCUUCCCCGCCGCGCCUCCUUCCGCUGGGCCGGCAGCAGGGGAGCCGGCUGCCCACGGCCGGGAGCCCCAGCGCGCCCGGCCCGGCCGGGCUCGGCCCUCCCGCUCCCUUUGUCCGCCGCUUCCCAAACUUUCCUCCCCUGGCUCCUGGGCCGCGCAGGAGGAGGUGAGAGCUGGGGGCGGGUGUAGGGUUGGCCGGGCAGAGGUAAGAAACAACAAAACCCGAGCAAACAAACAAAAAAAACGGUCGAAUGCCGGAGACUCACGUUUUAUCACAGCUCUUUCUUGAAUCCUAUUUCUUAAAUUGCCAGCGCGGUGUAGCCCCGUUUCGGACACUCUCUGCAGCCGGUCACAGCCCCAAAGAGAAGCGGUGGCGCCCGCCAUGUAGGAGGAGAGAUCCACCGUCCGUGCCAGGGUCUGUGUGAUCUCCUCCCGUGAGAGGCGACUCAGCAGCUCGGUCCCCUCUGCCACCUCAGCACUGCCAGUGGAGAAGCCCAGGAGGAGCAGAGCAGUGGCUGAGCAGCAAUUUGAAUGUCCAUAUUUAACUCUUCAGACAACAGAAGAUACUUCAGAACCAUGUUAAGAAGGAUAAGCUUGGAGUGCCCAGUCACCGUGGUAACUGCCAGAAAAAUUCUCCUGAAGUUUGAAGAGGUCAGCUAACGGGGUCAACAACUCUGGCCUCUCUCUGAGCUGGGCCUGGCAGGCUCCAUCCUGCGGUUGGGGUGUUAACGCAGGCUGAGCCCUGGGAGGUGGACCAUUCCAGCUCUGAUAUAAAUUUUUUGAGUCAGUUCACGGCCUGGACUCUCCAGGUGGCCUCCAAAAUCGAUUGUGACCUUGUGACCCUGUCUAACGGAGGCAUAGCAUCCAACCUAAGUAAGGAUUUAGCCAGGAACGACAGCUUUCCACUGAGUGUUAUUGGGGACAGUACAAACAGUUUGGGAAGCAAGGAGGUAGGUAUGAGGAGUAGAGGUCAUUAAAAGCAUAUUAAAAAACAAUUUUAAAAAUCCUUUUUAGUUGAAAGUUUUUAUUUGCAGUAGCCAUUCCUUAAAUAAACCCUUCUGGCAACUAUUUUUUACUUCCAUAAUAGCAUUGUAUCAAGUGCUUCAAUGCAUUAAUAUACGAAAAAUUGGCACUUUGCAUAUUCCAAGCAAAACUAAUAUUUUAUCUACCUCUGGAUUUUGAACUUGUAAAUGAAGCUGGCUGACGUGUUAAUCUAGAUGCCUGUGAAGUGUUUUUUUUCCUUAAUAUCAUACAAACUAGGAGACUGCUUAUUAAAGUAGACUAUUUACUUUAGGUAAUAAUUUCCAUAAUAUGUGCAUUCUUUUUAGAUUCAAAAGUCUCUUAAUCCCUGUAAUCUAUUUUUAAACUGGGAAAUUAGGUAACAUAAAAAAUGGUGUGAAAUGAAAGUGUGAGAGUUUCAGAGUUUUCCUUUACUGGUUUGCAGUACAAGUAGAAAAGCUACAAAACUGAUUAUGUAUUUUUAUAGGAAAAAAACUGAUCAUGCUAAGAUGGUAUUCAUAGAGAACAUGAUAUUUUUUCCUUUAAGAUUUUAAGCAGCAAACUCUGUGGGGAAGGGAGGGGCUGUUGCAGAGUUCUGAUUUUGUUAUUGAAUCUAGAAACUUGCCCUUCUGAGCAAGUGGAUUUGCUCUUGUGUUUUAUCCCCACUGCUGCAGAACCUCGUGCAUUGCUCCCAUGAGUAAUUGGUAGUUGUCAGAUGAGUAAGUGGAACUACACUGAGGAGCAAAGUCCAGUUUCCAGCUGGAAAGUGCUAUCAGACUUUAAGUGACUUUAAAACUGCUCUGAUGGAAGAAAAUAGCUUUAAUAUUUGUUUCCAGUCUUAGAAAAAUUGUGCAGUGAGACCCGUGCCCAAACACUUCUUGUGCUUGGCAGGGCCUGGCUCUGACAAUUUUCUUCCCAGCCCCUUCCCCGUUGAGCAGUUCCCCCAAGGCUGGAGGAGCUGCACAGAGACAGGGCCAGAAAAUACAUUUCAGGAAGAGCAUCUGAGCUGUGCUGAACAUCAUUGUACUGCUGAGAAGUCCCACAGGUUGCAACAGCAAUAAUAUAUAACUUUUACUUGCUUACUCUGCAGAAAGCCCCCCAAAAUCCAUGGAUUUUUGGCCAAGGUUCUGCCCUAUAGGGUCAUCAUAAUCUGCUCCACUGGGAGUAGGUUUGAAGACCAGGAGUAAGAAAUGGGGCUGAAUUUUGCCAUAAAAUAAUUUAAGGCCCACACCUGCACAUUCAGAUAUCCAUGGUGACACUAUUUAAUUCUGCCCUGAAUACUAAUAAUAGUUGGCUUUUGGUGGUCGUUUUUAACAGACCUCUGCUGAAAAGAAUUUAUUCCCAUUAAGAAGCAUGUUGAUUCAGGGUUUCUGUGAUUGAGUUUGAGAAGAUGUAACUUACAGCCCUUGGUGAGGAUCAGAAUAUUUGCUUGUUUUUCAGAAAAAAAAAAAAUUAAAAAUAGAACUGGAUGGUGAAUCUUCAAUAUUUUUAAAAGCAUCUGUGUAAUUUUUAGCAUUUAAAAAAAAUAUGUACUUACAUCUGCUUUAUAUUGUCAUCACACAAGGACCAAGUUCUACCGAGAGGGGAUCACUUCUGGAAACAGGUAGAACUAUUCCACUGGAACUUUUGGACCAGAAUUGCCCCAAAUUUGCUCUAAAGCCUCCAGCUUGGAAUGAGGAAUUGUUGGCAGAGGCAGCAACAAGGAGAUCUCAAGUGUUUUAACUUGCUGCAAAUCCUUUAGCAUUGACUUCUGUAGAUCCUAUUGAAUCUAUAAUCACGUGCAAAUCUAUAAAUAUUACUUGUAAGAGGUCCUGGUCUUUUCACAUUAUUCAGUUCAUGCACACCCAUUUGGAGUGCCUAGAGGUGCCUAUGUUAGCAGCAGCUGCAGUGGACAAUUCUUCUUCCCCAUCAGUGCAGUGAAGUGCUCACACAGCUUCAUUUGACUUUUUGGAAAACUCCCUGAAGUGCAGACUCUUUGAGUUUCACCAGAGGGAUGUGUGUGAAUGGGCUUUGUGCUGUGCCAGAGACAAACCAGCAGAACCACCAAAGCCUGUGGUGGUUCCCAGCCCCUGUCCUAUGGACACUGAUAACCCCUGAGGCCUUUGAAAGUUCACUGUGGCUGGUCUGUGGAAUGGUAUUAAAUAGUAAUGUCCAUAGUCUUCAAUUUCAAUUUUUAAUAGUAGAGUAUGUGGCAGUCUGCAAGAGAAUCUGAGGUCUGAGGGUAAUCUGCUACCUGAAAGCUCAGAGGAUGUUUGCUGUAAAGGAGUAAGUCCCAGGCCAUGGGCCAUGAGGUGUUGGCAGGUAUUUUGUUAAUGUUUUCAAAUGAAAUGUACGCCCAGUUAAAUGAAUGCUAACAAACAAGACUACAAAAACCCCACUUCAAAAUAAAACAAAGAAAAGAAAAGUGAUAAAUGGACACUGAAACCUCAGCCUAGUUUGUGUUUGUUUGUGUCCAAAGGCAGUGCUCUGCAGAGACAGAAAAGCUCAGCUUUAGAGAGCAGCACGUUGCCAUGGCCUGGAUCAGGGCUGGCAAAGGUCUCUGGGUUCUGGAGGAAGCAGGGAGGGCAGAUGAGCACUGGGACUUACAGGUGUGCUGGCUAAAGGUCCUAAACAAUUGCUGAGCUUCCGUCUGCUUUUACUUCUUCCUCACUGCCCUGAGAGUGUGUGGCUGGUGUCCAGAGGAAAAGUCAAAAUAAUUCUGAUGCUUUUUCCUAUUCUGGGUGGACUAAUUCAGAGAAAGCACUUAAGGCAGCCUUUGUGGAAGGGUUACAAUAUAGGUUGAUACUUUAGGAACUAUAGGAAGUUCUUAAUCCUUCCCUGCCUACGGGGCUGUCAUUUAUAGACCCGCUAUUGUCUCAUCUUUUAUAAGGAUGUUUCCUUACAUUAAGGUUCCAAGAGCAACCAGACUUUGCCAUUGUUCCCAGCUAUUUCUGUUUGUGGCUUAAUGCACAUCUAGUAUUCUGUUUAUGCUUUCACUGCUCUCCUACGCAGCAGACUGUACCUACACACCAGCUUAGGUGACAUCACUCUCAAAGCAUUCAUUUCAGUGUUUCUUUUUUUUUCUCCUGAUUUGUCUGUGCAUCUUGGUUUUGCAUUAGCCUAGUUUAUUAUAGAUAACAUGAUAAAGUACAUGGAACUUUAUGCAUUUAGUUGUCAUUUCAUCUUCAUUUCUUGUUUGAUAGACUUGCUUAUAAAAAAAGGUUUUAGGUAUUUUUUAAUAACAAAAAAACUCCCUCUUACUACUUAAGAAGAAUGAAUUCAGUCAUGAGCACAAAAAAAUUGAAGCAUUGAUAAUUUUGAAUGUAUAAAAUUUAGCUUGAUGUUAAUGGUGGUUUAAUUACUGCAUUUUUUUAAUGGCUAUUCAUAAAGACAUCCAUUGUUUUCUGCUUUGAUUUAUGUCCAGACUAGCCCCCUUUAGAACCUCAUUUCUGGCAAUCUCAGCAACACGUGAGGGCCUGGCAGCUUGUGCAGACAUUGCCAUCUUCCCUCACUGCUCCUUCUCCUGAGCUGUUCCACCAGCUCCACAGCCUGCCAUUCCUCAGGAGCCCUUAAUGAUGCCUGUCCUCCAUCGUCUGCUCCAUGGCCCUUCCAGAACCAGGUGUUUUUGUCAAAAUUUUCAAACCAAUUUAGAAACAGCUACUGAAAUAAAGGCAGGUGAUGUGGUGGUGGGGUGACAUGGUGUCACUGCUUCCUGUCCUGCAAGGGAGGAUUACAGAACUUCUCCAGAGCUCAGCUCUAUGGCCAUGCAAUGAGAAUUAUACAAACAACACCUUUGCAAAGUGCUUAUACGUCUGAAAAAUUUGAUGCAAAUUAAAAGCUGCCUAGGUUUUGUCAAACCUAACUCAACCCAGCACUUCCACUUCUCCAUUGCUCUGUCAGCUGCUCAAGAUUUGACAAUAAACCUUUUAGAGUUUUUGCAUUACACCUUGCAAAAUGUGACAUUUGGGCUUUUAAAUUACCCUUAUGUUAUAACAUACAUAGCAGAACUAAUAUAUCCUUUUUCCACAUGCAUCCUCACUUUGCUGAAAAAAAAUCCCAACGCUGAACAAACUACAAACAGCCUGAUGAUGCAGGGUGAGGAGUGCCCAGCAACCUCUGUGUGCUCAGGACACAGCUUUAUCCUGACCUUCAGUGGGACGGUGCACAUGGGAAUGUGGGAUCUAUUCCUCCCCAAGCCCCAGUGAUGCCUUGCUUUGCAGUUCCUCUCGCUGAUUCUCAUAUCCUGGCAAGAUGCUACAAACCCCACGUGACAAAGAUCAGAGGGAAAUGUUUGAAGAAAGCUCUGUCGUUAGCUGUGCUGUAAGUUUUAUAAAAGGUUCAAUUUCAUAAAAUGCAAAUUCUGGACUAAUUGUUCCUCUGCAAGCCUUAAUGGUCUCUGAGCUGCAUAGUUAAUCUACUACCUGCCUCUACUCACACAGCCAACAGGAUUUAGAGCUGGGUAAAACACGCCUUCACACAUCAGUUACAUCUAUUUUAACUUUUCUUUUGACAAGUUCUACUGAUUGUUUACUGUAGCUUGCAUCCAGACAAAUGGAUUUGGACUUGCACACGCCUAAAGCUGCACAACAGACAAGCACAGCCCCCUGGGGACACCCACCCACAAAAACGUUUCUGUGGGUUCAGCUCCCGUGCGUGGGUGAGCUCCAGAUGCUGCCAUGGCGGGGGGGAGGAAUGGGUGGAUGGGAUUCCUGACUCAUCCUCUGUUCCCCCUUGGAGAGAGGUGGCUGCAGGGAGCUGUCUGCUUUCUGCAGGGACAGAGGGCUGUGGUUAUCAGCUCCUCAGAGCUGCAGAGGCCAGAAACAUGAAUGCACUGCAGCAUUGUUGUGCCUGCACAUGCACCAUGCACCCUUGCAGUGUCCUGCAGCCACCUCUGGACACCAGGAGCUCACUGUGGUCAGCCCUCUGGCUUUCCAACCCAGGUGAAGACAACACUGAGGCAGCAGGUCAGAAACUGUAUUCAGCUUGGUACUCAGAAAACCAGGAACUUGCUGCAGUGUUUCUGUGGUGUGGGCAAAUCAGAGGCCCUGGGCCUUUAGUCAGACCAGGCACAGGUCAGGGACUGAAAUAUUUGUCCCACACCUACCGCAGCAAAGUUGUGGUUGUUGACUUGAGUGACAGGGGAGUAGAGGACUGGGAUGUCUCAGCCCAAAGUCCCUUAAGGCUUGGCUUCAUGGGUGAGAUCUUGAACACAGCCAGAGCCAACGACAUUAAAGGCUUUAUAAAAGCAACAGUGCCAGUUUAAAAUCAACCUCCCACAUUACCAGCAGCCCCAGCAGGUGUAACGUGAUCCAGGUAGCCCAAGCCAGUGAGUAAACAAACUGCUGCUUUCUGAAUGAGCUGCACCAGAGAAAUGCUUCUAACUGGGAUUGCACUGGCUAUUUGCACUGAGCUGUGCAAAUGAACAGGCUCCUAUGAUUAAUUCUGUGAAAAUGAGUGGGCUCCUAUGAUUCUAACUCUUAUUCUACACAAGUUUUUCCCUCUUCACCAAAAUUAAGUAGGGAAAAAGUUGCAGGGAAAAAUUUCCCUGAUAAGGCUGGAAAGUUUAGUGGUAUUUGGCCUGAUCUAGCUGCUUGAACUUCAGUGGGGUCUGUUGCUGGGUUUCCUUAAGCUAAUGAAAACAAUCCUGCUGCUUCCAAACUGCCAAGUCAGUCAGAGGAAUUUAAUAUUGUCACUAAAGAAGCUGCUUUGCUGCUCUUCUGUUGGGUUCCCUGUUCCAUUUCCAGUAAGCAGCAUUAACUUAGGGACUUUAUACUUUUCUAUAACAUUGUCCAUUUUUUUCUCCUUCACCUCCAGCUCUUAAACCUUCAUAGAGCCUUGCUGUGUAGAGCAGCUGAACAGAGACUGAAUGCACCAUUUUUGAUCCUCUUGGUGUUACUGCCUGGCUCUGUAACUGGAGAAGUGCAUAAAAGCAAAGAAGGUUGAUGUGUCCAAGUAGAGCCUGGACCCUGACAAGUCCUGUGGGCUUGGCAGACUCCAAGACUCGCUGUGGAGUCCUUGGGAUGUGCAGAGUGAGGGUACACCAUACUGAGGACCCAGCAGCCCAGCUCUGCUCCAGCAUUUCUGCCUCCCAGUCUGGGUCCCAUCCUGCCCCAGAGAGCCUCUCCCCCUCCCCUGCCCACGCUCCACUUAUUCAUGAGUUAUGAUAACAUAUAAGCAGCUUAGAGAAUUCUUAUCGGAAUAAGUUGAACACAAUGCAGCAUUUAACUCUUAAUGACAGCCACCUCUGACUGUGAGUGACAUGUUAUAAAUUAUGUUUGAACUGGAUUUUUUUUUUCUUCAGAGGCAGAUAUUCCCUCUGCCACCCAGUCAGCCCUGUAACGUUGCACUUGUGGCCUUAAUCCCACUUGGAUGUGUGCCCUGCUGCCUCCACUUUCCGUCACUUGGGUACUUUAGUAUUCUUGAACAAGUGAACAAUCUUUGUUUCUGUACCUUAUUAGGCCAAAGACCAUAGCAGCGAGUGAUGGCAUCAGCAGGCCCUGCAGGCAGGAUUCUCUGCAGACACAGCCAACCUCCAACAAACCCCUUUUUAUCCUCCUGUUUCUAGGAAGAAUUAUGAUGGUGGUGCCCUGCUGUUGAUCAGUCAAAUCUGUGGUAGGCCUAGAGAUAAGUCCUGUAAGUGUGGUGUACUGUAAAACAGCGGCUCCCAUUCAUUAGUAGCUUGUGUGUAAUAAACCACCCAAAGGAGGGGGGUGGGGAGGGAGAGGGACGAGCAGCUGCAGUGUGCAGGAACAAACAACACAACUCAUUCUUGGGAGCCAAAACUUUCUAAUUUGCUGCUGGGCUGCUGGGAGCACUCAAAUUCUUUCUGAUAAUACGCUCGUGCCCUCGGUGUCUCUCCUGGGGUUUCCCAAGUCCUGCUCUCUCGAGGUCCCUGAGUCUGGGAUAGUUUCACUUUGAACCCAAAACACAGAGGGGAGCUGAGUGGGAAGGAGGGGAGCACAUCAGUGCCCAGUGUUUGCAGACUCAGCCAUAAGAAAGCCGUGGACUCCCAAUCAUUCUGCUGGGAAUGGCUGGUGCAUGGAUCUGCCUGUGCAGUGGGUAAACAAAGCAUCACAUGGGCUGCAGAGCAAGCAGAAGGCAGGGGGCAAACCCAGGGCUAUCAGGGCAUGCACCAGAACAGAGUGUCUGAGAUGUGUCACUGACUUACAGCCUGCUGGAAUAUUUAGGAACCUCUAUCUCCCAAGAGGUAAAAACUUCAAACAAACCUCAAAUGAGUAAUAGCUGAAAAGUUAUUUGGCUUAAUCUGUUCUAGUUUUUGGAUUUUUUUUUUUUCUUUCACAAAUUCUGGUAAAGCUUGUAGCCAGAUAAAUUUAAGAGGAGUCUGCUAAACAUAAUGUAAGAUGUUGCAUGUGUUGAGACAUCACUAGUUCCUAAUAUUUGCAUAGCUGUGAAUACACUGGUGCUUUUGGAUCUCAGCCUUGGACCUUCCAACUGCCUGUGGAACAAUUCAGACCAGGAUGUGAAAUUAUUGAGUGUUGCACAACUGCUCUCAUAGACCAGGCCUUUGUGCUGAUGUUUUAUUAUCACAGGAAAAUGAAAUUAUUUUCAGAUAGCUGCUGCUCUGGAGUUGUUCUGUACCCUUGCAGGAGAUGACAGUGACUGCUUUUUCCAGGGAUGUACCAGGCUGUGAUGGUUCCUGGGCUGUCUCCUAACAUUUCUAUAGACAAGGGCUACUUUAAUGGCAAAUUCAGGCCUGGGCCAAAAUGCAAGCAUUCUUUAUAUAGACAAGGCAAAAUCGCAGAUUUGGUUUUCCACUCUCCUGGAGAAGAUCCAUCUCCUUCCUCUCUGGGAGGAGCUGUGCUGUGAGUUUUAAGCUCUGAAAUGAGAGGGGCUUCUGCCAGACUGCUGCUUGGUAAAGUUACCCAGUGGGCUGAGAUGAAAACAGCCUGAAGAGCAUCCACAAAACAGUGUUAAUUAAAUCUGGGCACAAAAGAGGGGUUUUUUAUCUUCUUAAAAGCUCAGGUAGUACAGCUUAGGUAGUUCUCAUUGUGGCAUUUUGAACAAAGUCAAAAUAACUUGACAUUUUGGUUUUCCUUCCCCAGGUUUAAGUAAGUUGAUAGCUUUAUAAGCAAAAUUGGCUGCUCACUGGCCAUUCCCAGCAUAGAGCCUGACUUCUCUCUGCUGUUUCCAGGAUUUUCAACUAGAAUUGCAACAAGGAGCAUUUUAUGGGAAUCUCUCCAUGACUUUUCAAAGAAAAUUGCAAAGGAGACAAUUCAGGAGGAAAAAAACCCCCAUGAAAUGAAACAGCAAAUUGUGAGCAUCUGUGUGCACACCCCUGCGUGUCCUGGUACCACUGCUGGCACACUGGCUCCCAGGAGGAGUUUCAGUCACAUCACAACUUUCAGUUCCUGUCCCUCUGUUUCUGCGUGGGGUCUGAUGUUUAUUCCCAGAGCUACUGGUCCCCAUCCCAGCACCCCAGCAGGCUCGUGGCAGGGAUGUGACACUGGAAUUGCAGGAGUUCUUUCCCCACCGCUGACUUGGAGCAGAGAUUCUGGCGGCGAGGGGCUGGUGGGGCCGGCCGGGGUCCCGGAGCUCUGCGGGAGCUGGACCCGAGGGAUCCGCAGGGAUUAACCCGUUCUGUGCUGUGCACCACGCAGGGCUGGCUCAGCCAGCUCUGCCAGGGGUGGCUGCGGCUGGGGAGGGCACUCCGGGCGCUGGAAUUGCCGAGAUACAGCCCAUCCCCCGGCCCGUGUGAAACUGCACAAAGCCUCUCCUAAACGUGAAUUUAAAACGCUUUCAAAUUGACAGUCUCUUUUUAAAUAAAAACAUUUAUGUUCAGCGAAAGGCAUGUUUGCCUCUACAAAUAAAUGGAAUUAUGGUUCUAAGACCUGACUUAAUCCUGAAGUUCUUAGACUGCACAGUAAGUAGAAAAGAAAGAGGAUUGUUUGGAGGAGCAGGGGUUAGCAGGAUCAGGCUCCAUCUUACAUCUUCCUGCUCAUUUUCCUUCUGGCAUUUAAUAUACCUUUCUCAGAACUACCACUGGCUGUUUAUAACAAAGCCAAAGUAACUUCAUGUCUAUUUCCUAAUUGAAAAUAACGAGGGACGGUACACAGUGUGCCCAUCCAGCUUUCCUGCUGGAAAAAAAUGAAGAUUGCUAAACAAACAAAAAAUGCUCUUCCUCCAAAUGUAUUCUUAUGCUAAAGUCAUGUCCUUUUGAAAUUAAUUUCAGGGCUUCUCUCAAAUGUGUUGUAAUUCUUUGUUCUUUCUCCACACUGUUUUCUUUGUAAAAAUGUAUUUAAAAAUCUGCAUGGAGGUUUCAAAGAGUCUGAGAGAAGAUAUUUACAGAGUAAUAAUGCCAUUUGUGUUUGUUAUAUUUCUUAAAAUGGAAUUUCUAAUCAGACAACAUUAAAAUACUUUUGUAUUA